AUGCACCUUAGCGAUUUUGACGAGAAAUUGGAAAGAUACGAUUCGGCAAAUUUUCUGAACAACUCUGAACAAACGCAGAAGCCUCUAGAGAAACAUACGAUAAAUUCUCAAGAAUGUACAAAACGAUCAAAACAAUUAUUGAAACAACACGUCAAACUAACUCGCUCGAAAAUGAUGGAGGGUGACGGAAGUGUCUCUCACAAGUGUGAGGAGUGCGGGAAAAUUCUUUCCACAUCGUAUAAUCUGCUAAUUCAUCAUAACAUUCAUGCUGGCGUACGGCCGUACAUUUGUUCUAUUUGCAACAAGAGUUUUCGAUCAGCGUCCGGUUUGAACAGGCACGUGCGCGACGUCCACGACGGCGUUAAAAAUUUCGCCUGCGAUAUUUGCGGCCGUCAUCUUGCCUCGAGAGCAUCGAGGGACGAGCACAGGCGCACUCACUCCGGUGAGAGGCCUCACGUGUGCGAGACUUGCGGCAAAUCCUUCAAGCAGAAGGCGUCCCUGCAUGUGCACCGACUCUACCAUUCCCAGAUCCUGCCAUAUCGUUGUGUUCUGUGCGACCGUGGUUUCAGAAGAAAACAGGAAUUGAACAAGCACGCGACCUGGCACUCUGGUCGAAAGCCGUAUGCCUGCGAUAUCUGUGACGAGCGUUUCCGCAGCAAAGGUUGCAUUACUCGUCAUCAACGCACUCAUACCAAUCAACGCUUACAUGUUUGCGUAAUCUGCGGCGCCAAAUUUACUCAGGAGCGAUAUCUGAAGAGACACUGUGACAAUUUACAUACGGCUAAAAAGAGUUUAAUAUCUGACAAUUCUCGAGAUCGUCAAAUAAUACAAAAAGAAGCUGAGCAAAGGAAACUAUUAAAAAAUGAAGUCAUCACACAUGAUCGAAAAAUCGCCCACAGUUAUUGCCAACGAGUGUAUAAGAAGGGAGAACGGAGAAAUAAAAUCAAUCCAAUCCAAACUAAAACGUCCAUCAAUGUAAUCGAUGAAAAUUCAGAAAAUAUUUUGUCUCCUGCAGAUAAUAUCGAUAUCGAUAUAUUAACCAAAUGUUCGUCUUCCGUAAAUACAUCAUCUACAAUGUCCUCCUCAGAUAACUUGACAAAUGACAAUAAGAAGAAGAGUAUAGAAGAUAAAGGUUCUAAUUCUACUAGUCAGAUGCGAACAAAUUGCGCUAAAGGGACAACAUCAAACGAGGCUACGCGACAGAAUCUUAUAGCGGAAGUAAACGAGUCCAAUGAAUAUCUAGAGAAAAACGUCAAACAAUCCAAAUCCAAAAAAGUUGUGUGCACCAGUCCGUUGAUAGUUUGCAAAUUUUGUAACAAGAAAUUCCGUUCGCGCAAAAAUCACUGGGCUCACGUACGCACACACUCGGGUGAGAAAUCAUACACGUGCCACAUCUGUGGGAAGCAAUUUGUUCAGGGUGGUAGUCUAUACUAUCAUCUGAAACACGUACAUGACGGCGUGAAGAAUCACACCUGUGAUAUAUGUGGUCGCAGUUUUGCCAUGAAAACUGCCAUGGAGGACCAUCGACGUAUCCAUACUGGUGAACGCCCGUACGUGUGCCACACGUGUGGCAAGACGUUCAAGACCAAAGCAUCCCUCUAUAUACACAGUAAGAUCCAUACAGACGAGUUCCCGCACAAGUGUACUUAUUGCGCGAAAAAAUUCCGUUGGAGACAACAGAUGCUAGGUCAUCUGACAGUACACACAGGUGAGAAGAAUCAUACGUGCGACGUAUGCGGGAAGGGUUUUGGCGUAAAGAACGACCUAACCAGACACAAACGCGUCCAUUCUGAAGAAAAACCAUAUACGUGUCAGAAAUGCGGUAUCAGUUUCGGUCAGAAACGUUAUCUCAAAAGUCAUGAACGCUUAAAGUUAGGAACGUGCGGGUACUCGCAAAGUGAACUUCGAGACUUGUGUGAAAGUCGUACCGAGUCUGAUUAGUGUCAUCGAAUAAGUUAGGAUUGGAUAAAUAAAAUUUAGUUAAUAUAAAUGUUCCUGAUAUUAAAAAAUUUAAGUUGUUCGAAAGGUCUAUGAUAAUAUUCUAAGUACUUAUACAAACGUAUUUAAGAUACAGACAGGGUAGUCCGUUAUUGAUGUUACAAUUG